AUGGUUGUUAAAGAUCCAGAAUCACAAAAAUAUAGUGAGGUUCAGCCAUUGAUUCCUUCUAAAAUUACUUGUAACGACCGAUAUUUUACGAGUGAACUUUUAAGUUAUUUCUUUAAUUAUGGUUUGCAUACUGACAAUGAGCUUAUUAAAUUACCUCCCAAUAUAUGCAUUGCAUCAUCCAGCGAUCCAAUCGGAACAAUUGUCGAGGCAGUUUACCCAUCACUCUUGCAGAAGUACAAUGACCCAGCAUAUUUGAAAGAAAGAGCAAUACUGACGCCAAAAAACGAAAUGGUGCAUGAGUUGAAUGCCACAAUUAUGCAAAUUAUACCAGGUGAAGGAAGAACAUAUUUUAGCUCGGACAAUGUGUGUAAAGCAAGCGUGAACAUUAGUGAUGAAGAUCUGUUGUACCCACCUGAAUUUUUGAACAUCCUAAGAUUCCCGGGCAUCCCUAAUCAUGACAUACACUUAAAAGUAGGCACUCCAGUUAUGCUUCUCAGAAAUUUAAGCCAAAGUGAAGGCCUAUGCAAUGGAACAAGAUUGAUUGUCACGCAUCUCGGUAAUUGGUCUGUUAGCGCAAAUAUCAAUUCUGGAAACAACGUUGGCUCAAGAGUAACAAUUCCAAGAAUCAUUAUGUAUCCUAAUGAUUCAAAGUGGCCAUUGAAGCUUAAGAGACAGCAACUUCCUUUAGCAUCAUGUUUUGCCAUGACAAUUAAUAAAAGUCAAGGACAAUCCCUUAACCAUGUCGGAUAG